AUGUGGGAUGCGAGAUUUGAGCCUGACGUCAUCUGCUACAAUGCUCGGAUCAGCGUUUGUGAGAAAGGCGAGCAGUGGCAGCGGGCGCUGUCGCUGUUCAGCGAGAUGUGGCAGGCGAGGCUCGAGCCCGACGUUAUCAGCUACAGCGCCAGUAUCCGAGCGUGCGAGGCUGGCGGGCAGUGGGCCAAGGCACUGGACCUGCUCGAGUCGAUGCUGGGAGCCCGCGUGGACCCCGCUGCUGCCGAUAGCCCAGACGAUGGUCUGUACGUUCACGGCUUCCAGGCGGGCGGCCCCAAGGACGUCCUGAAGCACAUCGUUCUCGUGGCGCUGGUGCAGCAGAUGGCAGCGGCAGCAGAUCCCUUCACCUUCGUUGACAUGCACGCGGGCGCCGGAGUCUACGACCUCAACUCCGAGGAGUCGCUCCGAUGCCGCAUGUUCGAGGAGGGCGUGCUCCGGCUCUCCCGCGCAGCCGACCGCUGCAGCGGGGGUCUGAUCGCAGACUACCUGGGCGCGGUGCGGCGUUGCAACCGAGCCUUGGGCGCAUCUCCAGGCGCCCUGAGCCUCUACCCUGGGUCGCCCGCUCUGGCGUGGCAGUGGCUGCGGCCAGAAGACACCGCCGUGCUCUUCGAGGUGGCCGCCGAGCCGUACGGUGCCCUCCAGCGGAGCUUUGCCCUGCUGGGCCGUGGGGCAGGCCGCCGCCUCGCGCUGCUGCACGACGACUCCUAUGCGCGGUGGCGGAUCUGCGGCUUACUCUCGGGGCCUCGCCGUGGCCCAGCGGGCGGCAGCUGGUGCUCAUGGACCCGCCAUACGAUUCCAUGCAGUCCCACGGUACGUGGAACGUCUUCGUCCUCCGGCGCCUGCUCCAGAGGUCACCCUCCAGCUGCGUGGCCUUGUGGUACCCGCUGCUGGAGGGCGAGGAUCAGAGGAGAAGGCCGCGAGCCUGCACGCCAGGGUCCAGAACCUCGCUGUUGGCCGCGUGCUCGUUGUGGAGAUGUGGUUCGAGGGCGCGCGCUCGCGCGGGGAGGCCCUGCAGGGGUCCGGGAUGCUGGUCGUGAACCCGCCCCCCGCCGUCCACGCUGA